GUGGUUUGUGCUUGAGUUUCGUGUUUUGAUCUUGGCUGACGGCCUAGCAGAAUGAGGAUGUAUGCUGCCCUUCCGCACACGUACGUGCGCGCGUGAUGUACGUCACUUGUGGUGGUGGUAAUUGUGUGACGUCGUCUAAGCUAAGUUGAGGCUGUGUUUGGUACUUGUCUAACGCCCGCACUAGCUUCACUGUACAUCCAACUUCACAGGGUGGAAUGUAGGCUGUUUUCUUUAGUAUGUAGGUUAUAAAAACUGGUUGUUAGUCUGCGCCAUCGCGUUGUUUUUCAUUGUCCCGUCGUUUAGCGCUUCUGCAAUUAAGUAAGGAAACGUAACGCUUUAAAAAUUUGGGAACUUAGGCGCACGUGAUGUAUGCUGAGCUCCAACGUCAAUCAUUCAAUGUGAUGUUACUUUCUCACACGUCCAUAGAAAAAAUAAGGAUCGUUCCUUUCCACAGAGAGUACACGAAGAAAUAAUGCCUGGAUGCCCUUCUACCGCCGCCCGAGACCCGAUGGGCAGCCAGAUCUGCCGAGAAUCCUCUUCUGGACGACCAUUUACGGUGACUGGUUUUCGAAUCUCACGAAGGAGGGAGUGGCAGAACUCGAGUACAAAGGGUGUCCCGAUCAGUGCUUUAUCGCCAACGACCGGAGCACGAUAAAUGUCAGUGACGCCGUUGUCUUCUACGGCCACGACCUAGACCCCACACGCUUGCCCAAAGAGCGGGCCCCUUUCCAGAAGUGGGUCUACUGGUCCCUCGAACCUCCGUGGCACUGCCCGGUGGCUUGGCUCAAAGGUCUCACCAAUACUAUCAACUGGACCAUGACUUACAGGCUCGAUUCGGACAUCCUGGACACCUACGCCACAAUCACAGACCAAAAGCCAGCUCUAAACCAGUACUCCAAGAAGCCCCUCAAGCGCAUCUGGAGGCAAAAGACCCAGAUGGCUGCCUGGGCCGUCAGCAGCUGCAACACGUUCGGAAAGCGCGAGGACUACGUGCGAGAGCUACGGAAAUACCUCGACGUAGACGUGUACGGACACUGCGGAGAAAAGCAAUGUCCUCGGCAAAACGAGACUGCUUGCUACAAGAUAUUCGCCAAAAACUACUUCUACUACCUGUCCUUCGAGAAUUGCAUCUGCAAGGACUACGUCACCGAGAAACUAUUCAAGCUGCUAAGACACGACAUCGUCCCUGUCGUGUAUGGCGGAGCAAACUACACUCACGCUGCGCCUCCGGGAUCGUUCAUCGACGCCCUUAGCUUCGAUUCGCCGAUGCACUUGGCUCGCCACCUUAAGAAAGUGGCCGAGGACUACAACUUGUACGAGAAAUACUUCCAGUGGAAGGGCAAGUACAACGUGAAACCGUUCAGUUACUACAACUUCUGCGCACUCUGCCGGAAGCUGCACAGUGAAGACUUCAAGAAGACUUCGGUGGUACCGGACAUCUACCACUGGUGGAACACAACUUCGUACUGUCGUGCUUGGAACCGCUGCACUCAGAAGUUCGAGUACUAA